AUGAAUCCAUUUUGCGAAGACUCUUCCUUCGAUCCAAGGCUGUAUGAGGUAAUAUGCAAGAUUAGAAAGAAGGGUGGGAAAACAAAGCUUGAAGGACUAAAGGAAUUAGAAGGCUUUUUGGAAACACUUGAUGUGAAUGGAGACAUAGACAUGGUGGUUGAAGUAAUUGAAGAAUGCAUUGUGUCUGAGGAUGUGCAGAUCAGAACCCAAUCAAUAGAUAUUCUUUACAAGCUUCUCUGUAUAGUGCCUGACAGAAAGCAGCUUGCAAAGGUUGUUUCUGUGUGGCUGUAUGGGUUUGUGGAGAAUCCAAACUAUGCAGUGUCAAGAAGGAUUUUCUGUGAGUUUGUAAAUAUUGAGGAGCUUGAGGAUGAGUUUGUGAAGCAAUUGGAUUUCAAGGAGAAUGUAACGCUUUCAUUACUCUGUCUGUUGUUAUUGAUAAAGAGAGGAAAGAAGGAUUACAGAGGUGUUUUUGAAGAGAAUGUGAAACACCUGAGGCUAAGCUCUAAUAAGGAGCUCGAGGAGGUGUACAGGAUAUGUAGUGUACUUGGUGCAGUUGAUGCUUUGUAUGAGAGAGUUGUAUGCAUUAAAGGACAUGCAUUGAUGAAUAUCAAAUGGAGGAUAUUGCUGGAUGUGUUUAAGAGUGUACCUGAAUGCCUUGUUGAUGAUGCAAGGCAUCUUGAUCAUGAGAUACUUACCAGGGCACUGUCUGGCAGAGAAUGGUGUGAUGAUGUGAUGGUAAAGAGUGUAGACUCCCUGAGAGUAGUUAAGGGUAGGAUUAAAGACAUUAAUGGAUAUCUAAGCAGAUAUCUGAGAGGAGGGAUGAUUGAUGGACUGUGUGUGUUUGAAUUUACUGAUGAUAUUGGAUUUAUUGACGAAUCUGUUGAGUUUAAAGUUGCAAACCGAGUGAUUGGAAAUGUGAUCAGGAUGCAUUUUGAGAAUCAAGACAUGAUGGCCUGGUUCUAUGAAGUACAGGAUGAAACACAUGUUAUUUGUGAGGAUGUAAGUGAAUGUAAAGAACACAAUAAUCAUGUUCACAUGGUGAAUGAUAGAUUGAAGAUGGCAAGAAUGAUAGCAAAGAGCAUGAAAGGGCUCGAUGGAUGGAAACGGAUAGUACGAGCAGAUACAAUAAGAAUGAAGCUUGAACCAUGUGAGUUUAGCAAUGAAGAUGUGGAGAAGGUAUUUGAGCAAUCUGUGAAUGUGUUUCCGAAGCACUAUAUGCUUGAGAGUGAAUUUGGAUGUGAUGUUUUUCCACUUGUUAUGAAGUAUGCAGAUGAAGUUAGUGAGUUGAUGAUCAAGCGUGCAGUGAAUAAGAAUAAUAUGCAUCUUUUUAUUAAAAGGUGCAAGGACCUUGGGUUGAUACGGCAGCUGAUGGAUGGAAUGAGCGAUAGAGAUAUUCUGGAUAUGUACCUGAUGAGUGAGGUUCCCAUGGAGCUUGAUAUUGACUUUUAUUACAGGAUUGGAGGUAGAAUGGGAAUACCGAGGAUGGUUGAAUAUGAUGAGGUUGUGAAAAGGUAUCUUAAUGGUGGAUUUAUAAUGAAUGCGAUUGAUGCAGGAGUGAUAGACAGGAGAUUGUUGUAUGAUGCGGUUGUAAGGUGCAUAUCGCAGAUUGAACUACCGAUGAGCACUGCAUAUACUAAUGAAUUUUAUGACAUUGAUGAAUGUUUUUACAAGGAUGUAAGAAUAAGGGAAGAGAAUGGGAUGAUUAGGAAGCUUAGAAAGGUUUAUGUGGAUAUUUACGAAAACACAUUGGAGAUGUUUUUGCUUCUUGUUAUUGAUUCUAUGAGUGGGGAUGAGCCUGAUGAGCUUGAUGAGAUGUUGAGAAGCAAGAGAACGAGUGGCAGAGAAGAAUUGAUAGCAGAGCUGCAGAAUGAUGCUUCGUGGGUUGAAAGAAUCCGUGAAAUCGAUGUGGGAGCGAAUAUGCAUUUCGUGGAGAAGGUGUUUUUUGAGCUGGGAAUGAACAGUAGAAGAUGUGUAGAGCGGCCUGUUAAUGAGCUCUUGAUGAAUGGAGGAAUGCGUGGAGUUGACUAUGUGCUUAGGAAGUGUAGGUUUCCGUUGCAAAUUGUUCCAUUUUUAGACUUUUCGUAUCUCAGUAAUGAAGGAUUAAGGAAUGUGGUUGCAUCGUUGGUGAUGAACAAGAAUGGAUCGCAUGUAGAUCUUACGGGUGAAUGGGGAGGAGUUGAAAAGCACAGGGUACCUGAUGAGGUUUUGGAAUUGCUGAUUAAACCAGGAUUCCAAGGAACUAUCAGGAUUCGAAGUGCGUUGAUAAUUGAAAUGAUUGAGAAGGAUGUGGUUAUGAAGAUGAAGCCUUAUGAAAAGAAGAGACGUGCUAUAUACAAUGAGCUGUUGAAGGGUGUUUAUGAGGAAGUGAGUGAGUCUAUUAUAAACAUGUACAGUAUUUCAAGGGUUGAAACUGAAUCUGUGGAUGAUGAAGUAUAUGAGGUUUUGAAAGGGUGUCUGCUUGGGUCGAAAAUCCUGUUCUGGGAUUUACUGUUGAAUUCACUAAUCGGUGUCCGAAGCAUCAAUAUUAAUGUAUUUUUUGAGAAGAUGGUGCGUGAGAAGGAAGAGUGGCGGGAGUUUGUGAACAAGGCUGAUGUAGGCCAACGGUCGUUGUUUGCAUUUGUGUUUCCGAAUCUUUUUGCAGAGAUUCCAAGGAUGGAUGUUGCUUUGGAUGAUCUGAUCCUGAAAGAGGCGAGCAGGAAUAUUGCAGGAGUCACUGUUAGGAUGCAUAAGCUGAGCAAUGGAUUUAAUGUGAAGAUAAUGUAUACGGCAGGGGACAUGUGCUUUAGUGCAUUGAUAGUGAUUCCGGUUGAUUAUCCGCAUGGAAAGGCUGUUUUUUCAUCUGAGAUGGACCGAAAGAGCUUGUUGAACCUGAAGAUCAAUGAGCUGAUGCGGAGAUGUUCGAAGUUUAUGGAGCUUGUGUGUUUGUGGAAGAUCAAUAUUGAUGAGAAGGUAUCUGGACAUGAAGAGUGCCCGAUAUGUUAUUUUGUGAUUGACAUGCAUGACUCGUCGUUUCCUAAUAGCCAGUGCUCUGGAUGCAAGAGUAAGUUCCAUUCAAGAUGCAUUACGAAGUGGAUUGCGAAUGGAGUGCGAAGCAGCUGCCCGAUGUGUAGGAAACCCAUGGAGAAUGUAGAAAGCAAGACGGCAGCGUUUACUGCGAGGAUAUGGUGA